CUUUCUAGAGUUCCUUUAUUAAAACGUGUGUAUGAUGUUGUUGUUUAAGACAGCUUACCUCAACACUAAAUACACUCUGAAAUGUUUCUGCAGUAAAAGUACGAACUCCACAAAUGCCAGACAUCGUGUUGUAGGUCACUGGAAGUACUGUAAGUAAAACUGCUCAGUGUUCAAUGUAAGUUCAUUAAAAGAACUCUGACCACAUUCUAACAAACUCGCUGUUCAGGUCAAAUGUUCCAGAAGAGCGAGCUGUGAGAAAAUGUUACAGCAGAAGAAAAGAACCACCACAAACUGUUCAUUUACAAGAAGUUACAAGAGAGCAGCUCUUUGACACGAAUCAAAUUAACCUAAUGAAUAAUCUGAGAACAGUCGAGUUCUUCUCACACAGUUCCCACUCAGAAAAUAUCAACGUUUUUUUCCUGUAAAUGUUUGAUUUGGUCCUGGAGAAUAUCCAUUUUCACUCCGGGAAUAUGUGCUUUCUUCUUGUAAAGAUGUGAUUCCAUCCUGGAAAGUUAUUGAAUGUAGUCUGGAACACUACGGUUUUUCCAUAAACGUCGGAUUCAACGAGAGCCUUUUUCUUGGACAAUACCCAAGUUUAUCCCAGGAAAUAUUCAACUACUUUCCCGUUAAUAUGUGAUUAAAUCUCAGAUAAUAUCCAAGUCAUUUUGUAGCAAAUUUACAACCAAGAACAUUCAUGCUUUUAUCUUCAAUGCACGACUUUAAUCUCAGGGAGAAUUUCACUCUUUUCUUUUACAUCUUUGGUUUGAAGUCACGGUUUACUCAUCAAUCAAGCCCUUUCCUUUCACAGCAUCUCCACUGAAGAGAUUGUGAAUGUUUUGUUUCUCAGAAGUGUUUGACUGGUUAAUGGGAAUGUAUCACCCUGCUCUUAUGAAGACAUGAUGUACUCUACGGAGAAUAUCUAACUUUGUUUCUGAUACGAGUUCAUCUCAGAAAAUAUCAGGUUCUUUUUUCAUAACUGAAGAGAUUUAUUCUUGGAAAACAUGCACAUCUUUUCACUGUUACUCAUCCAUAACCACAUUCAUCGGGGGAAACACUUUUUCUCAUACGGAAUUGAAGUGUUUCAAUAUCAAAGACUUUUUGUCGUACCACUGCAGCAGAUAUUAUUAAUGGAGGAUAACGGUGUCCCUGCAGGAGGAAGGAGGCGAAGGAGGAUGAGGAGGCGAGGCGAGCCGAGGGAGGACAGCGCCACGCUCAUCGCCAUGGAAACAGAGGUGGAGAAAAACUAUGGCAGUGUCACCACGAAUGCCCCUGUUCAGCCUCCGGACAGGAACGUAUUUAGUGACGGUUCGACUCGAAUCGACUUCGUGUUGGUGUGGGAGGAGCCUAUGAACUCGCAGGUGGAGGCGAGUUCAAGCCCCGCCCACAGGGAAUGGAGGGAGGUGUUUCUGCAGAAACUGAAAAACUGCGGACUGCUGCAGGAGCAGAAAGAGGUCCUUCAGAAGAAGACAAAGAUCCGUUUUGUUCUCCUCAGCGCCCCCUGGAGCGUCCUCUGUUUCUACGCCGAGGACAUCAGCCUCAGGGUCCCCCUUCAGGUUGUCUCCUCUCCAGUCACUAACUGGUCAGCGCAGGUUCUGUCCAGGUUGUCCAUCCCCAACCCGUUUCAUCAGGACGUCCCUAACCCUCCCCCGGACUUCUACACCUGUCAGUUCAGAAACAACAAGAUACAGAGGUUUCUGGGCAGCAACAACAGAGACACGUUCUUUAAAACAACUCAAAGACACCAGGUGCUGUACGAGAUCCUGGCCCGGACGCCGUAUGGUUCGAUGAAACGUGGGGAAGUUGGGAUCGACCGUCUCCUGAAUGAGGGAGUCUUCACUGCAGCCUACCCCCUGCACGAGGGUGGAUUCCAGCUCCCCACCCCCCCAGUGCCCCUCCAGUCUUUAGCUCUGAGACAGAUCCUGUAUUCGUACUGGGCCACGUGGUCCUCCUGGAGAAGCUACCAACCUCUGGAUCACAUCAGGGAAUACUUCGGGGAGAAGAUAGCGCUUUACUUCGCCUGGCUGGGUUUCUACACCGGCUGGCUGCUGCCGGCUUCUCUCGUUGGGACCGUGGUCUUCCUGUUCGGGUUCUGGCUCAUGGCCACUGACGUCCCGACGCAGGAGUUGUGUAACAGCAGGAACAGCUUCACGAUGUGCCCUCUCUGUAACAUCUGCUCUGUCUGGAAUUACUCCGACAUCUGCUCCACCUUCAAGGUGGGUCUCUUGUUUGAUAAUGGAGGGACAGUGUUUUUCAGUGCCUUCAUGUCUCUGUGGGCCGUCACCUUCCUGGAGUUCUGGAAGAGAACCUGUUCGACCCUGUCUCACCGCUGGGACUGCUCCGAGUUCCAGGACAUCGAGGAGCGACCUCGCCCGGAGUUCACGGCCAUGGCGCCGAUGACGAUCAGGAACCCGGUGACGGGAAUUGAGGAACCCCACUUCCCUGCUAAUAAGCGAAUCAACCGAACGCUGACCGGCUGCAUGGCCAUCAUCGUCAUGGUUGCUGUUGUGCUGAUCUUCCUCAUGGCCAUCAUCCUGUAUCGCACCAUCCUGACCAUCAUUAUCGACAAGUCGGACACCGUUUUAAACGGCUUUGCCGCUAGGAUAGCCAGUAUCACAGGAUCCGUGUUGAACCUGUUGGUGAUCCUCAUGUUGUCCAAAGUUUACACCUCGCUGGCCCACAUCCUCACCCGCUGGGAGAUGCACCGGACUCAGUCUAAAUAUGAAGACAUGUUCGUCCUCAAAGUGUUCAUCUUCCAGUUCAUCAACUUCUACUCGUCUCCGGUUUACAUCGCCUUCUUCAAAGGCAGAUUUGUUGGUUAUCCUGGAAAAUACAACACUCUGCUAGGAGUACGCAACGAAGAUUGUGGAGCAGGGGGAUGCCUCGUUGAACUGGCUCAGGAGCUGCUGGUCAUCAUGGUGGGAAAACAGCUGAUCAACAACAUGCAGGAGUUCAUUUUACCGAAGCUGAAGUCGUGGUGGCAGAAGAGGAACAGAAGGGGAGGAAGAGGAGAGGGGAAGGGGGAGGAAGAGGAGGAGGUUUGUCCCUGGGAGGCAGAUUACCAGCUGCUGGUCUGCGAGGGACUCUUCAGCGAAUACCUGGAGAUGGUGAUCCAGUUUGGUUUCAUCACCAUCUUCGUGGCGGCGUUCCCUCUCGCUCCUCUCUUCGCUCUCAUCAAUAACUGGGUGGAGAUCCGCCUGGACGCUCAGAAGUUUGUGACUGAAUACCGCCGCCCGGUGGUGGAGCGAGCGCAGGACCUGGGCGUCUGGUUGCCCAUCCUGCAGCUCAUCACACACGUGGCCGUCUUCAGCAACGCUUUCCUCAUCGCCUUCACCUCGUCCUUCCUGCCCCGCCUGUACUACCGCCACACCAGAGACAGCAAUCUCAGCGGUUUCAUCAACUUCACUCUGGCAACCUCCCCCAGCAACUACAGCCAGCAACACACACGCUGCAGGUAUCUGGAUUUGAGGGACGAAGAAGGAAACUACCUCCCUGAGUACUAUCACCUCCUCGCCAUACGACUCGCCUUCGUCAUCGUGUUUGAGCAUGUGGUGUUCUUCAUCGGACGAAUGAUCGACCUGAUGGUUCCCGACGUCCCCGAGGAUGUGGAGAUAAAGAUCAAGAGAGAGCACUACCUGGCUAAAGAAGCGCUGGCUGAGAACCAGGUUCAGAAAACCUGAGCAAAGUCCACCAACGGGGCUCAGUUCUGCUGCAGUGGACCGGGGGUCGACUCUGUGGACCAUCCAACCUCUCUGUUCCCCUUUCAGAUCCCUCUGUCCUGUAUCCAAUGUUGUUGUCACUGCAUUACAGAAUGAUUUGACAUUCAUUUUAUUGUCUUUAUUCUUGGAAAGCAUUUGAUCCCGCGGGUCCAAUGCACAUACCUUACAUAUCUCAUUAGCGAUGGACCUUUCUGUUCAAAGCUCCUUCAGAGUUUACCAAACAUACGAUGCUCGACUUCCUCUGAAGGUUCAAAAGCGCUUCUCGUAUUCUUUUCCUGCUGUGAGCUGUGCAUGCUAUUGUGGAAUUGGCCCGUUCAAAACUAUAUGUCUCAUUUUCUUUUGUUUUCUACUCGAUGAACUCUCAUACAGUGGUUAUGUCCAAACGUGCAUCUUCAAUGUUUGUGUUGUGACUAAUAUUGUUUUGGCUGUGCGGUGACUUGCUUUGGUUUUGAUAGUUGUCCUCUGUCUUGCUGUUAGGAGCCCCUUGAAAACGAGAGGGCUCAUCUCAAGGGUUUGUCCUAAAAUACAUUUCAGUUCAUAUCUUAAAGCCAUGGUAUUAGCAUCAGAGGGAUUGUUCUAAAGGUGAUCCCCUGCAUUACAUAGAUACGUUUUAUGUCCACCUGUGUUCUUCAGAAUCAGAAUCCAGUUUAUUGCCGGGUACGUUUACACAAACAAGGAAUUUGUUGGUGUCUGGUGGUGCGAACUUAAACAAUCACAGAGAAAAAUAUAAAGAUAAUAAAACAAGUAUUUUAAAGAAACUAUUGAGCAUUAAAAAAGAACAGAAAGACAAUUACUACACCAAACAAAAUAUACAAAGAACCUUAAAAGCUCAAAAUCAGAAACACCAGGACGAUGACUAUAUGGCAAACUGCAGAGAGCUGUAUCUCAGAGUGGAGGGCUGUGCAGACGUGCAGUCAGAGAACACGGCUCUCAGUAUGGUUUCAAGGUUUCAAGGUUUUAUUGGUCAUAUGCACAGCACAUACAACGUAUAUGUUGGCAAUGAAAAUCUUAUGUCCCAUGCCCCUCCAACAACUCAACGUACAUGGUGCAGAUAAGAUAAUAAAAUAGUGCAUAUGUUGUUCACAUGAUGUGCAUUAAUGUAAUGCAUCAUGUUUGUGGGGGGGAUAAAGGGUCACUGUCAGUCGGGGUCCCGGGUCUUGUUAGUGAGGCCUGUAGCGGAGGGGAAGAAACUGUUCAGGGUCAAAUACAGAAUGUGCUUUUCCCCUCUGUGGGACCAGUACGUGUUCCUUUUUCAAAACGGGGAUCAAUACGUUUAUACAGUUAUUUCAUUUAUGGGAUUUAUUUUACAUCCACUAGAAUAAAGUAGAUUCACUGACUCCAAAUAAAGUAUCUAGCAAGACCUCCAGCAGUAUGGCACACAGUAUGUUAUAAUACGGAUGACAAUAAGAAACUGUUUAUUCAACAAAUACUUUAUUUAAAAAGUGCUUUUUUACUUUGUCUGUGUACCACUGAUCAGAACGGUUUUGUGUGAACAUGUUCUUCUUGAAUAAAGAACGUUUUGCCUCU